ACAGCUUGCAUCUCCGCAAAACAGCUUCGGGAUGCACGCGGAAAACUGGGAAGGAAAAACAAUAAAGAAAAACAGUGGGAAAGCAGAAAAAUCGAAAAGUAAAAAUAAAAAAUCAUCUGUUUGUUAUAAGGAAACGCCUUCGGUAACGAGGAGGUUGCAGUCUAGGAACAAGAAGGGUCGGCGAAUCAUAAGCUGCAAGAGGGUUUGUUUUCGCAUCACAGCAGAUGGCAUCAGAAAUGCAGAGACCAUCAUCCAGUCCGCUUGUGGAAUCAAGCGCAAAGGCCAGAACGUCAGGUAAUGAGUGUCAUGACAAACCACUCAUUACCAUGAGCACGGGAAUAACCACUGUUAGAAGGGUUAAAAGAGGCGACUCAAACGAGCUAUGUAAAACUCCCCAAAAGGAGAAAUGUACAGAGUCCGAAGUGUCUGCCAUUGAUAAGUUGGCUGAUAUUGCUAAAGAUAAGAUUCAGACGCUGACACGAGAAAAUACAGAGUUGAAGCGUAAGUUGGUUACUUUUCCCAGGAGGGUUUUCCAUUCCUUAGAUUUAUAUUCCAAUAAUGAGUGAAUGCGAAGUUAGUGCUUGUCAGAGGAUAUUGAAAAAUGUGUCUGCCUCCACCACAACGCAUAAGACUAGAGUUGAGCACAUCAAACAGACUUUAGAUGGUUGUACAGGAAAAUUGGAGAAGCAGGUUGAAGAUUUUGGCAUUCCGAGCGUCAGAAAAAGCGAUGGCAAGUUUAUUUCCCUGGCUGAAUUUAAUGAAGUGGUAGAUUCCUUUGUGGCCGAGUUUGAGUCCAGGGUGCGGAGUUGCGAGCGUCAACGUAAUGAACAAGUUAUAAAUUUAGUCAUGUUCGCGACAGCUCGUGUGGAAAGGAGUGCACUUGCUCGGGAGUUCAUCCAGGAAACGAUUCAGCCAUUGUUGAAGGAGUUGAACGAAACAAAAGUGCGUGUUGAGAGAAGGCUUAUCAUUAACACCCUUCAGAUCGAGGAGGAUUAUGUUUCAUGUAAGGAGGCCGUUGAAGUGAAGGUGUCAGCAAAAUGAAGAAUGGGGAUGGGCUCCGGAUAGUGUUAUAUUAUCAUCCUCAAUCAUUCUUGGGGUUUGAAACCCAUUUGGUUAGUAGCUUGUUUUAGGAUCUGUUGAACAUAGCCAAAGCAUUUUCUUAAGCUAUUUUGUAAUUUAUGUUACGGGUCAGAAUGAUUUUGCAUGAUUAAGCUGUUUAUCUUUAUGAUUGUGUGUUAUUUUCUAAACGCUUGUGAUAAAUCUUGAAUUAUAAAGAGAAUGCAUGUUGGUUUAUACAAA